AUGUUUCCCCAUUUCAAGCUGACUUACAAUUCUCAGGUUCACUCAGGCAUAAGCAUCCAAGUCGAACCGAAGAAUAUCACCCCUCGGGCCCUAGUGCACCAGGAAGAUGCAAAGAAUGCAAAAGAGAAAGAAGGAGUAGAAGACAAGGAAACAGAGAACCCUGAAGAAAUGGUGAUAGUUGAAGAGGAGGAGGAGGAAGAGGAUUUUACCGAAGAUGAAGUGACAGAAGAAAGGUCUCUGGAAGGGCUGCAGGAUGAAGCGAAGGAAAAGGGCAGUGCCAAAGUGGAAAGCCAGAAGGCAGAGGAAAAGCCGCAGUCUGAGAAGAAGGUAGAGGAAAGGGCCGAGAAGACGGCAGAGAAGGAGGCAUCAAAUGAGGAAAGGAACAAAGCCGAUAAGAGCAAGGCUGAGGAGGAAAGGCUGGAGGCAGAGAAGCAAAGGCUUCGUGCAGAGCAGAAGAAGGCAGAGGAGGAAAGGAUCAAAGCAGAUGAGGCGAAGAAAAGGCAGGAGGAGGAAAGGCUGACCGCAGAGAUGCAGGCGGAGAAUGAAAGGAUCAAAAAGGCAGAGGAGGAGAAAGCAGCGAAGAAGAGGAUUGAGGCAGAGAAGAAGGCAGAGGAGGAAAGGAUCAAACAGGCUGAGAAGGAGAAAGAAGAGGAAAUGUUGCAGGCAGUGAAGAAAAGGAUUCAGGCCGAGAGGAAAGCAGAGCAGAAAAGGAUCAAAAAGGCUGAGGAGGAGAAAGAAGAGGAAAUGCUGCAGGCAGCAAAGAAAAGAAUUCAGGCUGAGAGGAAAGCAGAGGAGGAAAGGAUCAAGGCAGAGGAGGAGAAAGAAGAGGAAAUGCUGCAGGCAGCGAAGAAAAGGAUUCAGGCCGAGAGGAAAGCAGAGGAGGAAAGGAUCAAGGCAGAGGAGAGAAUCCAAGAGACGAAGAAAGCCAAGGAGGAAAAGAUCAAAGCAGAUGAGCAGAAGGCGGCGGAGGACAGAAUCCAAGAGGCCAAGAGAAAGGCUGAGGAGAAGGAGGAGGAAGAUGCAAGGCUGAGAGCACAGAAGAGGGCAGAGCAGAAGAGGAUUCUGGAGCAACAGAACAGAGAGAAAGAAAGGAUCCAAGAGGAGCAAGAAAGGAAGUUGGACGAGAAGAUAACACAGGACAUGAUCCAGCAGACCAAAAAGGAAAAAGCAGAAGAGGUCAAAAGAGCAAGAAUCAAGGCUGAGGUGACUGCCUUGGUUGCAAGCCUACGCAAGACCCUGGAACAGGUGGACGAAGACUUGGGCAACGAGGUCAGAAAGUAUGUCAAACAGGCACUUGCAGAGGCCAAGAAAGAAGAAAUCGAAAUCGAUAGCGAAGAUGAUGCCAUGAAUCGAAAUAACAUUGACAGCAGCAAAAUGAGAGGAACCUUCAAAGACACAAAGCCUUUGCUUCAUCACAUUCCUGAGUUAAAGGAGCUUGAGGCAGAAGGAGAUGAACAAGAAGAAGAAGAAGAAGCGAGGCAAAUUCUUGAGGAGCAAAGGAGGAUGAGAGCUGACCUGAAAAAGAAAGCAAAGGAAGAGAAGGCAGCAGCGGAAGCUGAGAAGAAAAAACCUGGCAGGCCAAAGAGAGCUGCUAAGGCAAAACCACAGAAGUCAGAAGGAGAGGAAAAAGCACCCGAGAAAGAAGAGGAAGAAUCAAUGGAAGCUGCGCUGGAUGAUGAAGAUAAGAAAAUGAAGAAAGAAAGAGAUGCAGAAAGCCAGGACGAUGAACCAAAACCAAAGCGUCCAAAAAAACAGCCCAAGGAAAAAGCAGCUUCCAAGAAGAGAAAGAAGGCUGACGCUGAGAAGGAACCGAAGAAACGCGCAAAGGAGGAUGACAAGGAAAGUGAGAAGGAAGAUCACCCUGAGGAAAGCAAGCCCGCGGAGAGUGAACAGGAAGAUGAUCCUGAAGGAGGCAAGCCCACGGGGGGAAGCACGGUGGAUCCUGUGACUCCCAAGAAGCCAAAAGCAAAGACUGUCAAGAAAAAGGAAAAGGAGAAGGACAGAAAUUUGCACAGACCCAGGGACGAGGAGGGCAACGCAAAAGAGCCAAAGAAGUACUACAAAGAGGCCAAACAUGGCCAGACUGAACCCUUAUAG